CCUCGCUUCAAUGAUUGUACAUAAUUAUCGCCCUUUUAUGAUUUACGCCAUUAGUUACCAUUGCAGACUUAACGCCCUUUAUUCAAGAACGCCAUUUGUACACACGCAUUUUAAAAUAUGGCAAAAGCUCUAAAACUGAAGGAACUGGAAUCUUACCUUGAUGAUGUUGAUGUGUUUGCGAACCCAAAAAUAAAGCUUGAACAAUAUCCAACUACACCACAUAUAGCAGCAUGUAUGCUUCACACAAUACACACACGCUAUGAUGACAUUGAAAGUAAAAACAUCCUGGAUCUGGGCUGUGGUUGUGGUGUGUUAAGUAUAGGGGCUGUGAUGCUAGGUGCCAAAAAGGUGACUGCCAUAGACAUUGACGAAGAUGCUCUAGCUAUCUGUCAACAAAAUAUAGAGGAGUUCGAGAUGGAAAAUAUUGAGGCUGAGCAACAUGAUGUAGCAGCACUGGGGUCAGAGGUCACAGAAAGGUUGAAAGGCAACAUUGAUACUGUGAUCAUGAAUCCACCAUUUGGAACCAAACAUAACGCAGGUAUAGAUAUGAUCUUUCUGAAGACAGCACUGGAUCUCUCCUCUACGUCUGUUUAUUCUCUUCACAAAACUUCAACAAGGGAGCAUAUCAUGAAAAAGGCUGCUGAGUGGGAUGUGGAAAUAGAAUUCAUUGCACAACUCAAAUUUGACAUUAAAAACACCCUUAAGUUCCAUAAGGAGAAAUCUGUUGAUAUAGAAGUAGAUUUUAUAAGACUGUCACACAAAAAGUCAGUGAAAAAAUAAAAAUGUGUUAAAAGUCAA